AAAACGUCAAAAUUGUUCGCAUAUAUAGCCGAAGAGAUAAGAACGAAAUGCCUUCGUUCUUUUGAUUUCGGGAAAUUAUUUUACUUUAUUUCCCCCAGAGACUAUCCAAAAUUGUAAGCUUACAACCAGGUCGAACAGCGCCCAGAGAAUGUCUAACGCGGAUGCAAUUCAGGUGAGUUCGCUCCCACUGCCACCGGCCCAGUACAUCAACCUUUUCACCGAUGAGAACAUUCGGAAGAAUCGGGCUCCGAAACCACCUCCACCGAUUCAGGAUGGGUACACAAUGUUCGGUAACCCGUUCAGCAAUGACGAUAACAUUAUCAGACCGCUGGAAGCACAAGGCUUCAAGCGACUUUAUCCGCAACACUUUGAUCGGCGAAAGGAAUUGAAAAAGCUGAACCAUUCGCUGUUGGUGAAUUUUCUCGAUUUGAUCGAUCUGCUUGUACACUAUCCCGAUAGUCCGAGGAGGGCAGAAAAGAUAGAGGAUCUAAGCUUGCUAUUCGUUCACAUUCACCACCUGCUGAACGAGUUCCGACCCCACCAAGCGAGGGAAACACUUCGGGUUAUGAUGGAGCUUCAGAAGCGACAACGGAUAGAAACGGCACAGCGAUUUCAGAACCACUUGGAGAAGGUACGGGAGAUGGUGAAGAAUGCGUUUGCUUCGCUACCGGAUUUGACGGAAUCCGAUCGGCUUACCGGUGCGGUAGAGCAAAUGGAUACAGGGGACGAUGAUGAUGUGGGUAAAGGUCGAGGCGAAGGCUGCAACCCACUGGAUCGAUUGAUGUGCGAACUGGUGGAUAAUAUGUAAAGACGAAAUUUGUCGAUAUUACGAGCAAUGUAUUCAUAUGCUGUUCGGGUUCAUGUAUUACCUGUCGAAAGUAUGACUAUCCCUUCAUCAGUUUAAAAACUUGUUUUUCAUUUUUCCUGUUUUGGGGUACAAAUAACUUAAAACAAUGUUUCUCCACUAAUCAAAUCGACAUUGGCGCAUGAAUAAAACUAAUAUAAAGUAAA